AUGGAGGAGGUGGCACAGGGGAGAGUGUGGACUGGUAAAGAAGCAGUUUCACGAGGUUUAGUUGAUGCUAUUGGUAUCCUGAAUGUUAAGGUUACUUUUGUUGAGCUAUCAAGACCGUCGCCAACCCUGCCAGAAAUCUUAGUUGGCAUUGGUAACACUGUGGUUGGGGUGGAUAGGACAUUGCAAGAAUUACUGCAAGACUUGGCAUCUUUUGAUGAAAUUCAAGCCCGGAUGGAUGGAGUCAUGUUUCAGAAACUGGAUGGUCUGAAAUCUGCUCGUCAUGUUCCGCCGCUGCCGCUGCCUGAAGCAGUAGUUCAAGUUUCCAUCCCUCUUGAUGACGCCGCCGAGCGUUCUGAAUCGCUAGCCCCCAAGCUCCUCCUCCUCUUGAUGCCCCGGCGCUGA